CAUAGAGGAAAUUCUCUGAAAUCUUCUUCCUGCAGCAGAUUCUUCCAUCAAACAUGAAUCUCUUCUUGAUGAAUCUGAUCAACUCUAUUUGUUCAAACUGCGUUUCUGCCUGAAGUCUGCAGCUCAGCCAAUAGGAGGCCGCUCUGAGCGCGAGCUGAUUGGUGCGGGGGGGUUCCGCCUCCUCAUCGCGGAUGCCUCCGCUCCGCUCCGGUCUCCCGUCUUCAAGGUUGCGCUGGCAGGAGCCGCAGCAGGACGCGCCGCCGCUGGACCCCCCCUCCCCACCCGGACCGGAGCCAUGGAUGAGAUGGAGGAAGAGCUGAAGUGUCCGGUGUGCGGCUCGUUCUACCGGGAGCCCAUCAUCCUGCCGUGCUCCCACAACAUCUGCCUGGCGUGCGCGCGGAACAUCCUCGUGCAGACCCCCGAGGCGGAGUCCCCGCAGAGCAGCCGAGCCUCCGGUUCCGCCGACUACGACUAUCUGGACCUGGACAAGAUGAGUCUGUACAGCGAGGCGGACAGCGGCUACGGCUCGUACGGGGGCUUCGUGAGCGCGCCCACCACCCCCUGCCAGAAGUCCCCCAACGGGGUCCGGGUUUUCCCCCCGGCCGUCCCCCAGCCCCCCCCGCAGCAGCACCUCCUGCAGCCGCCGGGCUCCUUCCCGCCGAUCCCCCGCAACUCCUGCAUCACCUGCCCGCAGUGCCACCGCAGCCUCAUCCUGGACGAGCGGGGGCUGCGCGGCUUCCCCAAGAACCGGGUCCUGGAGGGGGUGGUGGACCGGUACCAGCAGAGCAAGGCGGCCGCGCUCAAGUGCCAGCUGUGCGAGAAGAGCCCGCGGGAGGCCACGGUGAUGUGCGAGCAGUGCGACGUCUUCUACUGCGACCCCUGCCGCCUGCGCUGCCACCCCCCCCGGGGGCCGCUGGCCAAGCACCGCCUGGUCCCGCCGGCGCAGGGCCGCAUCAGCCGCCGCGCGAGCCCGCGCAAGAUCUCCACGUGCACGGAGCACGAGCUGGAGAACCUCAGCAUGUACUGCGUGCAGUGCAAGACGCCGGUGUGCUACCAGUGUCUGGAGGAGGGCAAGCACGGCCCCCACGAGGUCAAAGCUCUGGGGGCCAUGUGGAAGCUGCACAAGGGUCAGCUGUCUCAGGCUCUGAACGUCCUGUCCGAUCGGGCCACUGAAGCCAAGGAGUUCCUGGUGCAGCUGAGGAACAUGGUCCAGCACAUCCAGGAAAACGGCGUGGAGUUUGAGGCGUGUCUGGUGGCGCAGUGCGACGCGCUCAUCGACGCGCUGAACCGCCGUAAAGCUCAGCUGUUGAGUCAAGUCAACAAGGAGCACGAACACAAACUGAAGGUGGUCCGGGAUCAGAUCUCCCACUGCACCGUCAAGCUCCGUCAGACCACGGGCCUCAUGGAGUACUGCCUGGAGGUCAUCAAGGAGAACGACCCCAGUGGAUUCCUGCAGAUCUCCGACCCGCUGAUCCGGAGGGUCCACAUGACGGAGGGCCAGUGGGGGAAGGGAACCCUCACCCCCAGGAUGACCAGUGACUUCGACCUGACCCUGGACAGCGGGCCGCUCCUGCAGACCAUCCACCAGCUGGACUUUGUGCAGAUGAAAGUCCCUGCUGCCCCCAUACUGCAGUUGGAGGAAUGCUGCACUCAGAACAACAGCGCCACGUUGUCAUGGAAACAGCCGCCGCUCUCCACCAUCGCCGUGGAGGGAUACAUUCUGGAGCUGGACGACGGAAACGGCGGACCCUUCCGGGAAGUGUACGUGGGGACGGAGACCAUCUGCACGGUGGACGGGCUCCACUUCAACAGCACCUACAGGUCCAGGGUGAAGGCCUUCAACGCCAGCGGAGUGGGCCAGUACAGCAAGACGCUGAUCAUGCAGACCUCUGAGACUGGACUCCCACCAUGUGACAUUCAGUCUAUAGGCGCAGUGGCCUGGUUCACCUUCGACCCCUCGUCCGCUCACCCGGACAUCCUGUUCUCCAACGACAACCUGACCGUGACCUGCAACAGCUACGACGACCGGGUGGUCAUGGGAAACGCCGCCUUCUCCCGCGGCGUCCACUACUGGGAAAUCACCAUCGAUCGCUACGACAACCACCCAGACCCCGCCUUCGGCAUCGCCCGGGGCGACGUGGUGAAGGACGUGAUGCUGGGGAAGGACGACAAGGCCUGGGCCAUGUAUGUGGACAACAACCGCUCGUGGUUCAUGCACAACAACUCGCACACCAACAGGACCGACGGCGGCAUCGCCAAAGGGUCCACGGUGGGGAUGCUGCUGGACUUCAGCCGCAGGAUCCUCAUCUUCCUCAUCAACGAUGAGCAGCAGGGUCCGGUGGCCUUCGAAGGCUUGGAGGGCGCCUUUUACCCCGCUGUCAGCCUCAAUCGAAACGUCCAGGUCACGCUGCACACCGGCCUUCCCAUCCCGGAUUUUUACACUCCUGGGGAGGUCGACCCCACCGGCUCCACGUGCUGAGGACUCACCCCCUCAAAGUCAGGGGAUUGUUUCCCUCUUCAUCCUGCCAGUCUGUACCUGCACCCCCCUCCUCCUCCUCCUGCGAUCCUCCUUAAGGCCUGAACCUCCUUCAUGCGUUCAGACAGAAACGGUGCUUCGAUCCAUUUCCUGUGCUUUGGUUUCUGAAGAAAACGGUUCUGAUCCGCAGGAUCCUGCUAUUCUGUCAAAUGAGACGUUCAGGGAAAGUUGCUCUGCUUUUCUUUAAGGUCUGUAUGAAACCUUCAUCCGUCCAGAACCGAGCCCUGAACCCGCUCAUGGUUCUGUGACAGCGCCAGAUGUUUCUAAGAAUGUUAACGUUUAUGUUCCUUUAUUUAUUGUCAUUUUAAAUUUAAAGUUCUUCAUGUGUUUUUGGACGCCGUGUUGGCGUCAAACCUUCAUCCAUGUUGGUGGGAAGCUUUUCUUAGUGGCUUAGCUCUGGCAGAACCUUGUUGUGUUUCUAGAAACGUCCAGCUUUUGGGUGUGAAAAGCUGCUGAAGGCCCGUCUGCAGCGCAGCCGUCUGCAGCGCAGCCGUCUGCAGCGCAGCCGUCUGCAGCGCAGCCGUCUGCAGCGCAACCGUCAGAGCAGAGGCUUUUUUUUGUGAUGACUUAUAGCUUUGAUUAUUGAUGCUACUGUGGAGACGUUUGGAUGAGAGGCUACAGCAGGCGGCGUAGUCCUGUCCUUUUUUACUGUAGGUGACUAAAUACGGUAGUUUUGUAAUAUUGGUACUGAAAUGAUCUAUUUGCAGACGGUGUAAAGUUCCAUAAGUUGUUGAUGUUCAGAGUUUUUCCAUGAGAUUUUAUGAUUGGUCCGUUGUCGUGGGUAAAGUUUGUACGGACAGAAGGAACGAGGCUUUCGCUGCUUCAGAAAUCGUUGUCAUUUCUUCAGGAUUUAAAGAAAAAAAGAGGCGGAGCUUUUCCUGGCGGUUAGCCUCACAAAAUAUACGAGCAAUAAAAUCCAACAUUAUGCUAACGCGGGGUUCACCAACCUUUUUGAGACCGAGGGCUAUUUCAUGGGCACCAAGUGGUAUGAAGGGCGCCACUAAAAACCUCCUAAC